GGUUGGCGUCGUGUGAUACCUAUUAUUUCGUGUUGAUAGAUCGCUGUCGUCGCUUUUGCCUCUUGGUGAGAUCGACAUUUUGCUCCGGGAUUUCCUCAAGCAAGUGUUGGAAAACAUUUUGUUUUUUUUAUUUACGUGUAUAUUUUUAAUUACUAGCAAAAUUUCAUCCAGUCUUUCGUGAAACAGAAAACAAAUUUAAUUUAAAAAAUGAGUGGCAGUACAGUGAAGUUUGAUCCAACAGAACAUCAGCAUUUGAGGUUUAAUCCUUUAAAGGGCGAAUGGGUGUUGGUCUCACCUCACAGAAUGAAACGACCUUGGGGAGGACAAGUGGAGCCGAGCAAUGAUGAAGAACAACCUGACUACGAUCCCACGAAUCCACUUUGUCCCGGAAAUACUCGCGCAAAUGGAGCACUGACUCCCAAAUAUGAGAAAACGUUUGCAUUCAAUAAUGAUUUUCCUGCAAUGUUGGAAGAUGCACCUAAUCCACCAGAAAAUGAAGAUGAACUAUUCUUGAUGGCAGGUGCUCAGGGCACUUGCAGAGUCAUGUGCUUUCACCCAAAAUCAAAUGUAACGAUUGCUCUUAUGAAAGUAGAUGAAAUAAAAGAAGUUAUCAAACAGUGGAUAAAUGAAAUGUUAGAACUCGGCAAAAAAUGGACGUGGAUCCAAAUUUUUGAAAAUCGAGGGGCAUUGAUGGGUUGCAGCAAUGCACAUCCACAUUGUCAAAUUUGGGCAAGUUCAUUUUUACCCAAUGAACCUCGAAUAAAAGACAAACAUCUAAAGGAAUACUACGAUCAGCACAAAGUACCAUUACUCUACAAGUACAUGAAAAGAGAGCUUGCCAAAAAAGAAAGACUAGUCCUUCAAACUCACCACUGGAUCGUUGUCGUUCCCUAUUGGGCUGUUUGGCCUUACGAAACAAUGGUUUUACCAACAAGACGUGUAUCCAGGAUGCAAGAUCUAACAGAUGAAGAGCAAGAAUCACUUGCCGUCAUCAUGAAAGUGUUGUGUACGAAAUAUGAUAAUUUAUUCAAGUGUUCAUUCCCCUACUCGAUGGGUUGGCAUGGUGCUCCGACCGGUCCAAAUGCCCCUGAGGAUUGCAGUCAUUGGAGUUUUCACGGAAUUUAUUACCCACCAUUGCUUCGAUCAGCAACCAUAAAAAAACACAUGGUUGGUUACGAACUUUUGGCUCAAGCUCAACGAGAUUUGACACCUGAGCAAGCAGCCGAGAAAUUGCGUGAUGUACCCCUGAAUCACUACAAAUAUCCAGAAACUAGUUUAACGUAUGAAGAUGUUACACAAUAUAUUUAAUUGAUAACAUAACAAAUAUAUAUCUUUGUUUUGUAAAAUUAAACGAAAUUAUUUU